UGUCCGACGCAUAAACGCGUUGUCUGAUAUACUUACGUUUCGCGCUUGCGUCGGAACGUUCGAUUUUUAAAUAAUUUAACUUAAAAUAUAUAGUUAAUUUUGUUUUUAUUUUUGGUGAUCUCAGUUCUCUAUUUUUAAAUUGAUAAUCAUGCCUGAAGUAGACACGAGCAGGGAGCUGGAGGUGUUCAAAGAUUGGCUUCAUAAGCAACCUCAUUUACCUCAUGUAGUCGACGACAUCCUCCUCCUCCGUUUCCUGACCUGCUGCCGGUUCAGUCUGGAGCGAGCCAAGCGUACCAUCGACCUGUUCUUCACAAUCCGUGCUAAUGCUCCAGACCUGUUUUGCAAACGUGAUCCUUGGUCAUCGGAGAUACAGCGCGUUUUUGAAAUCACGGACAUGCUGCCCCUUCCGCAGAGGACAAAAGAGAACUACCAAGUGUUUAUCUACCGCCUCAACAAUCCUAACUUAGAUCUGUUCAACUUCGUCGAUGCUGUGAAAACCUUCUUCAUGUUAGCAGAUACAAGGAUCACUGAGAAUCAUGACAUACCGAAAGGAGAGAUACCAAUUUUUGAUGCGGCAAAUGUCUCACUCAGAUUCAUUGGGAAAGUCAAUCUGUCGGCGCUUAGGAAAUAUAUGAUGUACACACAGGAGGCGAUGCCAAUUCGACUAAAGCAAGUGCACGUAAUUAACGCUCCCUCCUACAUUAACAAGAUCUACGGACUCUGCAAGCCGUUUUUGAAGACCGAAGUCGCCAAACUGAUUCAGUUCCACGAGCCAAACACUGAUACUCUAUACAAAGAUGUCCCACAAGAGCUCCUACCAACAGAGUUUGGUGGCAAAGCUGGUUCUAUUGAAUCUAUUAAGAGAGUGUGGAUCAAAAAAAUUGAAGCCAAGAGAGAUUGGUUCCUAGCAAACGACAAACUAUGGGCUAUCGACGAGUCACGAAGACCCAGUGGUAACCAUGACGACAGAGCUGAUAAAGUCAAAGAGCUGCCCGGUUCCUUCCGUUCCUUAGCUUUAGAUUGAUGAUAGAACUUAUUUAUUUAAGUAAUUAUAGUGUGAUUUUCUUUUUAAAUUAUAUUUGAGUUACUUUGAUCCUUCAGGAUAACUUUAAUCCAAAAUUAACUUUAACGUGUCUUUGUAACCGGGUUGCUAUAGAUCAGGGAUGGCGAACCUUUGGCACGCGUGCCGUUGAUGGCACGGAACACAACAUUUUGGGCACGACAGUGACUACAAAACUAAUGAAUGAUCAGAAACCUACAACGCAUUUGUGGUGUCUCAAAUAUUGCUGGUGUACUCAGACUGCUGUGACAGCUAACCAGGUCAAAUGUAUACAAUAUUGCUACAGAUUGACAGUAAAUAUCAGUCGAUGACACACAUAAAACCGUAAAAUACUUUUCUUCAAAGUAAUUGGCACGCUAAUGUGUAAAGGUUCGCCUUCCCUGCUGUAGAUUAAGGGUUUGGAUCAAAGUUAUCAAAUAGGAUCAAAGUAACCCAGACAUACCUGUUAUGUUUAUAAACUUCAGUUUUGAGAUUGGUUUACUUAUAUUCCUUUGAUCUAUUUUUUAUUUUAGAUUUUUUGACAAGGUUGUGUAGUUAGUAAGAAGAAGUGAAAGUGCAAAUAGGGGAUAAAAAUGUUCUGUACCAUGUAAUAUUAAAUUAACUAAUCUUAUUCGAGUACAAGUUUGUAUACCAGUGAUCAUUAUUAUUAUUUGGUUAAUAUAAUAAUUUUGUCAAGUAGUUUUCAAGUAUUUUAUAGGUAGACCUUAAAACAUCUAGAAUUAUAGUUAUCUGCCUAUGCUUAUGUGAUAUGUUUAAGUAAUAAAACAUGAUAAUUUAAAUAAUUUAU